UCUCGUAGCAGUCCGAGGCGGCAGGAUGUGGCGGGGAAGACGAGGCCGGCCCCCGCUAUAUAAGCCGCCGGCCAGCCACGCACUGGGCAGGAACAGUUCAGUCCGAAGCAGCAGCAGCAGAAGACAUGAAGGUCCUGGUGAUCCUGAGCUCUGUGUUGGCUGUGGCCCUGGCCAAGCCCGGCUACCUGGGUCUGGGUCUGGGGGUUCCCGCCGCCAUCCCGGUGCCCGCCGACGCCCCCGACGUGGCCGUGGCUAAGGCGGCGCACCUGGCGACGCAGGCGGCGGAGGCGGCGCGCAACACGCUGGGCGUGCCCGUGGCCUCCGUCGUGCCCGCCGACGAGCCCCACGUGGCCGUCGCCAAGGCGGCGCACCUCAACAUCCAGGCCGCCGAGGCCGCCCGCAACACACUGGGCGUGCCCGCCAUCGCCGCCGCCCCCAUCAUCGCCGCCGCUCGCUACGCCGUGGCCGGCCCCGUCAUCGCUGGGCCCGCCAACAUCGUGAUCGGACCUGGCGGCGUUCCCCUGGACACUCCUGAGGUGGCCAGCGCCAAGGCUGCCCACGCUGUGGCCCACGCUCAGUCCGCAGCCCUGGCCGCCGCCACCCCCGCAGACCCCGUGUCUGGGCUGCCCCUGGCCGCCAUCUACGCUGCCGGCAUCCCCGCCAUCCACCACGCUGACGCCAUCGCCCACCUCCAGUACAAAGCUGCCCUGCUCGGCUGAAGGACCUGAUCUGCGACUGUCUCAAUCUAUCAGUCGAACCCAGAUGUUGUACAAAUUAUUUUUGCAAUAAACUGAGUUCCAAAAUCACAA